AUGAAUAAAAAAGAAAAGCAGAAAGCUAUUCUUGAUGUUUGUAAAGAGAAUAAAGUUGGUUUUGGUGCUCUUUUUGAGACCAAGGUGAAAAAUGAGAAGCUUCAGGAGGUUUUUGUGAAUAACUUCCAUAACUGGGACUAUUUUUCUAGUUCUAUCACAGCUGGUAGGAUUUUGGUUCUUUGGCAAGCUAAGUUUGUGAAGGUUGAAAUUUUACUUGAGGACUCUCAAUUAGUCCAUUGCAGGGUUAAAGUUUGUGGCCAGCAGGAGGUUUUCUAUGCCACAGUAGUCUAUGGUAGUAAUUCUAUGGGGGAAAGGAAACAUCUAUGGGAUAAGUUGGCUAGUAUUGGUCCUUUGAAACACCCUUGGAUUAUUUUUGGGGACUUUAAUGCUAUGUUUAGUUUCCAUGAUAGGAAUGGUGGGAGACAAAUUGUAGCUAAAGAUUUCUCUGAUGCUCAAAAUUGGUUGGCUUUAGGCCAAGUGGAUGAAUUCAAGUGCUCUGGGGCGCACUUUACCUGGUCUAAUAAACAUGAAGUUGGAGAUCGAAUUUAUUCUAAGCUAGAUCGAGUUUUUAUCAAUGACUAUUGGCUGGACAUUUUCCCUAAAUCUGAAGCUUGCUUCAAAUGGGACUAUAUUUCAGAUCAUAGCUACUGUGUGAUUAAAAGCCAGGAGUUGAAUAAGGUGGGGUUCAAACCCUUUAGAUAUUGCAAUCACUGGAUGUCCUAUAGAAGCUACAAGGAGACAGUUCUGAACAGCUGGUUUUCUUCUUUAGAUUCGGGAGGUGGUUUAUCUAAGAUUGUGCAGAAGCUGUUUCGGGUCAAACAUGUUUUAAAAAGAUUUAGUAGGGAAGUGGUGGGGGAUGUUGUCUUGGAUUACAAGUUGGCUAAGGAGGAUUUUAAUAUAGCUCAGGAAGCUUUGGCUUCUAAACCCUCUGACAUUCUGCUUCAGCUUGCUGUUACUCAGAAGCAAGAGAAUUUUUCUGUUAUGCUGAACAGGUACUCCAGUUUUCUUAAGCAGCAAAGUAAAAUUAAGUGGGUCAAUUUCAGUGAUGAAAAUUCUAGGUACUUCCAUGCUAUUAUGAGGAAAAGAAGGUUGGAAAAUAGGAUUACUUCUUUCUGUGUUGGUGAUAAAAUUGAGGAUGAUUAUUCAACAGUAGUGGAGCAUUUUCUCAAUCAUUUCAGGAAGUUUAUGGGGAGUAGUAGUUCGGCCACUGAGGGUAUUGAUUUAACUUGUUUGAACCAGGGUAGAAGGCUGUCUUUGGAGCAACAAGUCAGGUUAAUUCGGCCUUUUAGUAAGAAUGAUGUCAAGAAGGCACUUUUCAGCAUCCAUUCUUCUAAAAGCCCUGGGUUAGAUGGAUUUGGUUCAGGCUUUUACAAGGGAUUAUGGGAGUAUAUUGGAGAAGAUAUUACUCGGUCUGUGUUAGCUUUUUUCCAGGAUGGUGCUUUGCCUCCAUCGUUGAAUGAUACAGUGAUCUCUCUUGUUCCUAAGGUGACUGACCCGAAAUCAGCCAGUGAUUACAGACCAAUUGCCUGCUGUAAUACACUUUAUAAGUGUAUCUCGAAGAUGCUCUGCUCUAGGCUUUCGGAAGUGCUUCCUCUCCUUGUUCAUAGCAACCAAGGAGCAUUCAUAAAGAAUAGAUCUCUUGCGCAUAAUAUUUUGAUCUUUCAGGAUCUCCUCAAAGGUUAUACUAGGAAGCAUAUUUCAGCUAGGUGUAUAAUGAAGAUUGACCUUAGUAAAGCAUAUGAUACUGUUGAUUGGUGCUUUGUGGAGGAGCUGCUUAAGCAUCUUAGUUUUCCGUCUAGAUUUAUAAACUGGAUUCUGGUGUGUUUAAAAAGAACGAGAUAUUAUCUCCUCAUGAAUGGUAGGAUUCAGGGUUCUUUCAAAGGGGAAAAAGGCCUUCGUCAAGGAGACCCCAUAUCCCCCCUUUUGUUUGUUUUGAUAAUGGAGUAUCUUACCAGAUUAUUGGCUCAUAGUUCUGGUAAAAAAGGGUUUGGUUUUCACCCUUUGUGUAAGCAACUUGGGUUGACUAAUCUGUGUUUUGCAGAUGACUUGAUAUUAUUCUGUAAGGGCAAUCUCAGUUCAGUGACUCAUAUUCAAGAUGCUUUCAAGAAAUUCUGUUCUUCUACAGGUCUUUCAGCGAACAAAUCCAAAUCCCAUAUAUACUUUGGAGGAGUUAAAGAAGACAAUAAAAAGAAGAUUCUUGAGUUGAUGCAAAUAGAGGAAGGUUCUUUUCCUUUGAAAUACUUGGGAGUUCAACUUCGUCCUACUAAAUGGAAAGCGUCAGAUUGUGGGGUGAUUUUGGAUAAGCUGAAUAAAAAUCUCAAUUGUUGGGCGAGUAGAAAUCUGUCUUUUGCUGGGCGUGCUCAACUAAUUCACUCAGUUUUGCUUGGUAUCAGAAAUUUUUGGAUGAGCUUAUUCAUUCUGCCUUAUAAGAUCACAGCAGCCAUAGACAAAAGUUGUCGUGACUUCCUCUGGGGUGUCAAUGGUAACAGGAGCAAACUUCAUAUCCCUUCUUGGGAGAAAGUUUGUCUUCCUAAGAAUUUGGGUGGUAUUGGAUUUCGAGAAGGUAAGAAAUGGAAUAUGGCUUUGAUGGCGAAGUGUUUAUGGGCAAUCUCAAAUAAACAGGACUGCCUUUGGGUUAGGUGGAUUAACUCUGUCUAUCUUAAGGAUCAUUCUAUUUGGACUGUCCCUUUUAAACAUGACAUGAGCUGGUAUUUUAAGAAGCUACUGAGGCUUAGUCAGAUAAUUGAUACUUCUACAUUGAAGCAAGCUGAAAAGGGAGGUAAGUUUCGUGCCAAAAUUUUCUACUCUUCUCUUGUUUCUGCCCAGAAAGUUUCUUAUGCUAGAUCAGUGUGGAAUAAGCUGAUUGUGCCCAAGCAUAGAUUCAUUUAUUGGCAAAUUCUGAACCGCCAUCUGCUUACUAGAGAUCUUCUGAGUCGCAUUUUGCCCAUCCAUUCUACUAUCUGUCCUGCUUGCGCUUCAGCAAAUGAAUCUCACAGCCACUUGUUUAUGGAAUGCAUCUUUUCUAGGAAAUUAUUUGGGGAAGUUAAUUGCUGGCUGGGUAUAUUUCAGUGGCCGAAAUCCUAUUUGGAGCUUCAGGUUUGGUGUAUGACAGCGAUCAAUUCACUGCAGAACCAAGUCAUUAAUGCUGUUUUUGCUGCCACUUUGUACUUUAUUUGGAAAAAUCGAAACAAGUGUAUUUUUGAGUAUGCUUGUUUUUCAGCUAGUAGUCUUAGCUUAGAAAUUAGGAAGAUUGUCAAAUAUAGAGUUUUGGGUCUGAGUUGCCUUUUUCCUAGUAAAAGGGACAAUUAUAUUCUCAAUGUUGUAAAGGGUUGGUAG